GUAUCUCCCGUCGUCAUUUUAAUUGUAAUGUUUAGCACAUAAUGUAUUACACAUCGAGUAAUGAAACGUUUAUCACUGAUGCAUACACUUGUGUGAGUUGCAUCAUUUAUUGAACCUGUUCAGUGUCGGCCAACACGUGAUUAUUGGCAUUUAUUUAAAUUUAACUUUCUUGGAUUUUAUUGAUCUGAACGAAAUGGCAACAGACAGAAAGGGAACAUUUAAAGUUGAAUAUCUUCAGAAAAUUGAGAAAGAUGUGCAAGAAAAGUGGGCUUCUGAGAAAGUAUUUGAAAUAGAUGCACCUUUGCAACCAAAAAAGAAUUCUGAUGAAAAGUUUCUUGCAACAUUUCCUUUUCCUUACAUGAAUGGAAGACUUCAUCUUGGUCAUACAUUUUCACUAUCAAAAUGUGAGUUUGCAAUACGGUACAAUCGUCUCUUAGGGAAGAAAGUUCUUUUUCCAUUUGGCUUUCAUUGUACUGGUAUGCCUAUUAAGGCAUGUGCCGAUAAACUAAAAAGAGAAAUGGAAUUAUAUGGUUAUCCACCACAGUUCCCUAAUGAAAAAAAGAUUGAGGAAGUUGUAGAAGAUAUAGUAAUAAAAGAUAAAAGCAAAGGAACAAAAAGUAAAGCAAUUGCAAAAACUGCCACUGCAAAAUAUCAGUGGCAAAUUAUGCAAACACUUGGUUUGAAAGAUGAGGACAUCAAACAAUUUGCUGAUGCUACAUAUUGGUUGGACUAUUUUCCACCUCUUGCUGUGAAAGAUUUAAAAUCAAUUGGUUUACAUGUGGAUUGGCGUAGAACAUUUAUUACAACUGAUGCAAAUCCAUUUUUCGAUUCAUUUGUACGUUGGCAGUUUCAACAUUUAAAGGCUAGAAACAAAAUAAAAUAUGGAAAAAGAUAUUCAAUCUAUUCACCAAAAGAUGGGCAACCUUGUAUGGAUCAUGAUAGAUCAACUGGAGAAGGUGUAGGACCACAAGAGUAUACAUUAAUUAAAAUGAAAUUACGAAAACCUUAUCCUCCAAAUUUAAAAUCUUUUUUUGAUAAGCCAGUUUAUUUAGUAGCUGCUACUUUAAGACCAGAAACAAUGUAUGGUCAAACAAAUUGUUGGGUUCAUCCUGAUAUAAAUUACAUUGCUUAUACACUGUCAAAUGGAGAUGUUUAUAUUUCAACAGAAAGAGCAGCUAGAAAUAUGGCUUACCAGGAUUUCUUUAAAGAGGAGGGAAAGAUACCAAUUGCAUUAAAACUUACUGGAAAAGAUAUAUUAGGAUUAUCACUGGAAGCGCCUCUUACAUUUAACAAAGUGAUUUAUACAUUGCCAAUGUUAACCAUUAAAGAAAACAAAGGCACUGGAAUUGUUACCUCUGUACCUAGCGACUCCCCUGAUGAUUAUGCAGCUUUAACAGAUCUAAAAAAGAAGCAAGCUCUCAGAGAAAAAUAUGGUAUAACUGAUGAAAUGGUGAUGCCGUAUAAUCCUAUACCUAUUCUUGAAAUACCUGAUUUCGGCAAUUUAUCUGCGGUAUUUCUGUACGAUAUGUUAAAAAUCCAAUCUCAAAAUGAUACAGCGAAACUGCUUGAAGCCAAAGAAAUGGUAUAUCUAAAAGGAUUUUAUGAUGGUGUAUUGCUAGUUGGUCCACAUAAAGGAAAGAAAAUUCAAGAUGUUAAAAAAUUAAUACAGAAACAAUUGAUAAAUGAGGGAAAAGCAGUUAUAUAUUAUGAACCUGAAAAAACUGUAAUCUCAAGAUCAAAUGAUGAAUGUGUAGUAGCUUUAUGCAACCAAUGGUAUCUAGAUUAUGGCGAAGAAACUUGGAAAAAAGAAACAACAGAAGCUUUAAAUAAUUUGAAUACUUUUCAUGAUGAAGUGAGGAAGAAUUUUAUGGCCUGUCUUGAUUGGUUACAUGAGUAUGCAUGUUCAAGAACUUAUGGACUUGGUAGUAAAUUACCAUGGGAUGAAAGUUGGUUGAUAGAAUCACUCUCAGACUCAACAAUAUAUAUGGCUUACUACACUGUAGCGCAUUUGUUACAAGGAGGAACUUUCAAAGGCGAUAAACCAAAUACUUACAACAUAAAGACUCAUGAGAUGACAUCUGAAGUAUGGGAUUAUAUAUUUUUCAAAGAUGCAAAGUUUCCGAAAACUAAUGUAAAUAAAGAGGCAUUAAAUCAUAUGCGACGUGAAUUUAAUUAUUGGUAUCCAGUAGAUUUACGAGUGUCUGGGAAAGAUCUAAUACAAAAUCAUUUAACAUUCUUCAUUUAUAAUCACACUGCAAUUUGGCCUAAACAGCCUGAAUUAUGGCCGAAAGGUAUCAGAGCAAAUGGUCAUUUGCUUUUAAAUUCAGCAAAGAUGUCUAAAUCAGAGGGCAACUUCUUAACACUUUCUGAAGCCGUAGAAAAGUUCUCUGCAGAUGGUAUGCGACUUUGUCUAGCCGAUUCUGGUGAUUCAGUAGAAGAUGCCAAUUUCGUAGAAAGCAUGGCCGAUGCUGGAAUUCUUAGACUAUAUAAUUUUAUUGAAUGGGUUAAAGAAGUAUUGGCCUUGAAAGAUACCUUUAGACAAGGGAAACCAUCUACAUUUAACGACAAAGUUUUCGAAAGUGAGAUGAACUUGAAAAUACAAGAAACUGGAGAAAGUUAUUCGAAAAUGCUAUACAAAGAAGCACUGAGAACAGGAUUCUUUGAACUGCAAGCAGUAAGAGACAAAUAUCUACAGUUGAGCGCUCUAGAUGGUAUUAAUUGGAUAUUAAUUGUGAGAUUCAUAGAACUUCAAAUUAUUCUCCUAUCCCCAAUUUGUCCGCAUGUAGCAGAGCAUGUGUGGACACUAAUUGGCAAAGAAGGCAACAUAUUAAAUGCUAAAUGGCCUCAAGUAGAAGAAAUAGAUGAAAUUCUUAUAAAAUCAUCACAAUAUCUUAUGGACGCUGCACAUUCGUUUAGGAUUCUUUUAAAAAAUUAUUUGGCGCCGAAGAAAGGACCCAAAGGAAAAGGUGAAUCAUUUAUAGAGAAACCUACUCACGGUACAAUUUGGAUAGCUAAAACAUAUCCUCCUUGGCAAAGUACUAUUUUAACUGCAAUGAAAGAUUUAUACCUUAAAAAUGAUAAUAAACUACCAGAAAAUAAAAUUAUUGCAUCAGAAUUGGGAAAACUACAAGAAUUAAAAAAACAUAUGAAACGAGUAAUGCCAUUUGUACAAGUUAUGAAAGAGAAAAUGCAAUUUCUCGGAUUAAGUGCACUGAAUUUAACAUUAGAUUUUGACGAGUUUAAGGUUCUCCAAGAUAAUAAAAAAUAUCUUGAAAAUACGCUAGAUUUAGAAAACAUUGUAAUAAAAUAUACGGAUGAAGCUCCAGAAAAAACGAAGGAAGAAUGUUGUCCAGGUGCACCUUAUAUGAAUUUUUCUACUAAACAAGGACUAUCAGUAUGUGUUAUAAAUCCACAAAAGUACAGUGGUUUAUUUAGAAUAAACAUUAAAAUAACAGAUGCAGAUACUGUAGAGGAUAUCAUAUCACGAAUAUUAAAAGAAAAUAAAGUAAUAAAAAAUUCAUCGUCAGUUUCUCUAUAUCGCUACGAUGAUCCUCUAUUAGGACCUAGGAGUAAACCUACAGUGGAUGACAUAUUAAAAGGUAAAACUCAAAUUCCAUCCAAUUCUGUAUUUAACGUUGAUAUGGAAAACAAAAAUGUCAAUGUAAAUGUAGGAGGAAGUGUCCAUAACAUAGGUAAUGAAUUGAUUUAUAUUCUCCAAUCUUUGGAGAAUUGAUAUAUAAAUAUUAUGCAUUGCGUAUAACUUAUACAAAUAUUUAUGUAUGACUUUUCAUAAUGAUAAUAAUAUUCUAAAAGUACAUACAGUACU